AUGUUCGAAGCAAAGUUGGGCAGUGCCUCGACGUUGAAGAGAAUCGUGGACGCCAUCAAGGACCUCGUGACGGAUGCACCUUUUGACUGCACUGAGACUGCCAUGUGCCUGCAGGCAAUGGAUUCGUCGCAUGUUGCGUUGGUGUCGCUGAAAAUGGAUGUUGCAAUGUUUGAGAGCUAUCGUUGCGACAGAACCAUCAACCUUGGUCUCAGCUUGGCAGGUAUGGCAAGGGCGUUAAAGUGUGCUAACAAUGAAGAUACCUGCUUGAUUCGAUAUGAGGAAAACGACGAUUCUGUACUGUUCCUUUUCGAGGACACGAAACGGGAUAAAAGUCAGGAAGUGAUCGUCAAAAUGAUGGAUAUCGACAGCGAGCAUCUUGGCAUCCCGGAACAGGAUUAUUCUGCUGUUGUUUGCAUGCCGGCUGCUGAAUUCCAGAAAACUUGUCGUGACUUGGCAAUGUUCUCGGACUCCUUGAUGAUAACGGUAACAAAAGCAGGUAUUGUGUUCACCGGCAAGGGUGAUACCGGUUCAUCCACAGUUACUUAUGCUCCCUCAAGAAGUGCCGAUGAAGAAGAACAACAGGCUGUGUCAGUGGACGUUAAAGAGCCCGUUACAGUCAAUUUUUCUAUCAAAUACAUGAAUCAUUUCACGAAGGCUACAGGACUUUCUGACCGAGUUCGUCUUUCUUUGUGCAAUAGUGUACCUGUGGUUGUGGAGUAUGGAUUAAGUGAAAGUGGACAUUUGCGCUUUUAUUUAGCUCCAAAGAUAGACGAUGAGGACAAUGAUAUGAAGUAA